CUCUGUCUGUCGCUCAAUCAGAGCUUGUCGAGGAAGUUGUCGAGUGAUGGUAUGUCCUCUUUGAGAUUCUUGCGCCUCCGGAUGGCCUUGACGAGCUCCUCGGUCUUGCCGCCCUUCUCGAGGGGGUCGCCCUGGACCACCGCCCAGUGAUCGAACACACACUGGGGGAACGCCUUGCCGCCCGUCGCCAAACGCAGAUCCGUUGUGAACCCUGCACACCACACCAUAAGAUGACACACACUCAUCUCAUCUAUCGCCCGCAGGCAAUGGGGUGAUAUAUAUACCAUGUAUAUGUGUGUGUGUGUGUGCGUGUGCGUGUGCGUGUGUCCGACCGAAUGACUUGGCAACGGGCAGGUGCGCCUUGACGUUGACGAGUGGCGUCCCCUCCUUCUGUAGCUCAGAGAUGACGUGGCCGCGGCGCUGGUUGAGGGUGCUGUAGAUGCCGCCCACCUCAGCCUGAUUGAUUCAUGGAGAGAAGAAAUGCAGCCAUGAAGCCACUGAGUGAGCCACAGGCAGGCAGGCAGGCAGGCCUGUGUGUAUGUGUGUACCUACCUGUGUGCAGGUGAUGUCGACGAGGAAGAUGGGCUCCAGCAGCCGCGGGGCCGCCAGCAUCUCAGCGGCGUAGCACACACGACGCAUCGCGGGCACAAUCUGACCGCCGCCCCUGUAUGUCACACACACACACACACACACAAGGGCGAGAGAAAGGUGCGUGCACCGCGCCAGCCAUUGAUUGGGACAUGUGUGUCUAUAUGUAUGUGUGUGUGUGUGUGUGUGUGUGUGUGUGCAGACAGACACACCUGUGUGGGGCGUCUGAGUGUAUCUUUGCAUCCAGGAUAUUGAACCGGACGCCCCGCACAGUCUCCUCGCACAGGACGCCAUCCUUGGUGGCCCACUGCAGGCCGCUGGCGCAGUGGUCCUUGAUCUCGUUCAUAUACUGGACACCUGCACACACAGACAGACAGACAGACAGACACAAAGAUGGAGGGAGUGAGAGAGAAAGAGGGCAGGGUAUGUGUGUGUGAAUGCGUGCCUGUGGUCUUGUCAAUGAGGACGUUUGGUCCGGUGGUCUCGGGCCCGAAACACCAUAUUUUGAGGCCAUCGUUCUUGUCCUGACACCAACACGACAGACAGACAGACAGACAGACAGUGGCAAUGUUGGCUGAUGUGCCGGUCGUCCAGGCCGUCUCUGUCUCUCUCUCUGUGUGUGUGUGUGUGUGUGUGUGUGUGUUGAGGGCGUUGGAUUGGCUACCCAGUUGUACUUCUCCGUAAGGACCCUUGCCCGCUCUUUGGGGUCGUCGCGCGCCGUGAUGAUGCCCUUGUCGAUGUCGUCAGCCAAUCCAUCCGGAAAUGGCUCAGCCUGCAAGCACACACACACACACACAGACACAGAGGAAUAGAGAGACCCGCUGUUAGCCGUUCUGUCCUGUUGCUGCCACGGUUGUGUGUGUGUGUGUGUGUGUGUGUGUGCAGGCUACCGUGCAGAAGAGUCGGUUUAGUUUGUUGGCUGAUUUGGCCAGGCACACCUGGGAUGAGCUCUGGGACACCGUCUCGCGGUAGGACACGAUGGGGUCCGACACGUCGAUGUCGAUCUGGGCGUACUCCUCCCUCAGGUCCUUGAUGCAGAUCUCAAUGUGCAGAUCACCGCAACCUAACAACCAACACAGCGGUGUGUGUGUGUGUGUGCGUGUGUGUGUCGGUACUUACCUGCGACGAUGUGCUCGCCGGAUUCCUCAGUUGUGCAGACGACGAGCGGGUCCGACUUGGAGAGGCGCCUGAGGCCCUCAACCAGCUUGGGAAGCUCCUUUGGGUCUUUGGGCUUGACGGCCACGCGCACCACAGGCGACACGCUGUACUUCAUGUCGGUGACGUUGUGCGCCUGAUCCCAUGUGGUGAUCGUCCCCGACUUGAGAAGGUACCUAUUGUGCGUCAUCCAUCGAGACGGCCAGGUGUCUGUGGGUGUCUGUCUGUCUGUGUGUGGGGUGUUUGCUGGCCUACUGGUCGACUCCGACAAGGGCGACUGUAUUGCCGCACGGAACAUCCUCCACCUGUCCAUCAGCAUAACACAUAACAUGUGUCACCGCGUCUCGUCUACUUGUGUAUGUGUGUGGCUGACCCUGUGGAAUUUGUUGCCCAUCAUGAGCACAGUUCGCUGAAUGUUUUUGACCGUCACGUCCUCCUUGCCGCCCGGCACGUAGUGCGGCCCCUGGAUGCGCACCUUCUGGCCCGUCGCAAUCGUGCCCGAAAACACCCGACCGAACGCAUAGAAGCGGCCCUUCUCGUUGGCUGGCACCAUCUUAGACACGUACAUCAUCAAGGGGCCGUUCGGGUCACAAUUCCUGCACACACACACACACACACACACACAUGGAUGCACCCACCCCUCCGCCACCCUCUGUGUGUGUGUGUGUGUGUGUGUGCGGACUACCUGAUGGCGUUGGCGGCUUCGUCGUCCAUAGGCCCCUCAUAGAGGCUGGCCACGCGGUACCGCUGCGCCUCGACUGGCGAGGGCAGGUGCGCGACGAUCAUGUUGAGCAGUGUGUCGCCCGCACUGAGCCACUCCUGCAUCACACACUUCAGCAACGCCUUGCCCGUCUUCUCCUUGUCGGCCGCUGCAUAUCACACACACACACAGGGAGGGAGGGAGGGAGGGCUUAAGGUGAGGAGGGUACAGUCGGGUGCGGUGUGAUGUGAUACAUACCUUUGAGGACGACCCCCAUGUUCUCGAGGAACUUGGUGUACUUCUCCUUGUCGUCAGUCAUGAUACUGGUGGGUGCCGCCGGAUCACACACGCACACACACACACACACAGAGGGAGAGAGAGAGAGAGAGGAGUUGCUGGCCUGCCUGUGUUGCGCAUUUGAUCAGGAAGACGCCUACCUGGUGAAGACUUGGCAGAUGGGGUCCAUAAUGAGCUCACAGAAUCCGCGGCGGCUCUCAUUGUCGGCAGUCCUGGACCACCUCUUUGUCCGGGGAUUGAAGUAGUUGUCGCCCCACAAACGCUGUAAUACGCACACACAUGCUGGUCGUGGGCUGCUCCUCUGAUCACUGCCUGCCUGCCUGCCUACCUGCAUCAUCUUGUCCUUCUCGACGCCGUACUUUUUGGCGUAGAUCCUGGCGAACACGUCAAUCGUGAAGGCCCACCCCUGCAGACCUGACCCAAAGCUCACGGUACCCUGCCACACACACACACACACGUGGUGGGUCGGUUGUUUGGUCGGGGUGUGUGUGUGUGUGUGUGCGUGUGUGUGUUGUACAGACCUGCUCAGGGUAGAUCUGGGCGUCGCCCAUGAAAUCAUCAUUGUAGGUGGCGAUGACCACAUUGACGCUCUCUAUCGCACGCUUAAACUUCUGCACAACACACACACACACACACACACAGGGAGGCGUUCAGCCAACAGUCGUGUGCUUGCUUGUGCCCCCGCUCCACUGCCCCAUUGCCUGCCUGUCUGCCUGCCUGUACGUGUGUGCGGCCUUCAGAUACCUGGUAGAUGUCCUCUCCGUCCAUCUGCAGCUCGAGGAUUGCCCUGUCGACCUUGUUGACGUGCAGCACCGGGCGGACCCGCUCCUGCAGUGCCUGACGCAGCACCGUCUCGGUCUGGGCGCAGACGCCCUCAACGGUGUCCACCACCACCAACGCACCGUCCGUCACACGCAACGCCGCCGUCACCUCGGACGAAAAAUCCACGUGGCCCGGCGAGUCGAUCAAACUGCUCACAUGGAUGGCAAACACACACACACACACACAUGGAUGGAUGGAUGUGCUGUCUUGAGACUCACGUGUGUGGCUGUGCUGUGUGUGUAUAGUUUACUUGAUGAGGAACGGCUGUUGGCCCUUGUCGUCCUCCAAGUCCGCCUCGAAGUAGAGUGAGAUGCCGGUUGACUUGAUGGUGAUGCACCGCUCCUGCUCGUCCUGUCGGACGUCGGUGAAGCGGACGUCGCCAGCCGCCCUCGACGCGAUGAUGCCGGCCUUGCUCACCAAAGAGUCGGUGAGGGUCGACUUGCCGUGGUCAACACUGAUGAUUGAGGCAGCACAACAGUGGUCAUCAUGAUUCUGUGUGUGUGUGUGUGUGUGGAUGGCUGGCUGCCUGCGUUGGUGGUUUCCUUACUGUGCGAUGACAGACAGGCAGCGAACGUUCUUGGGCCUGUCCAUGAUCUCCCUAAUCUGAUCCACUGUGAAGUUCACCUAAACACACGUCAUGCAGAGAGAGGUGAUUGACACAAUGUGUGUGUGUGUGUUGGCAAGAGAGCUUACCAUCGUCACUGGUGCGCAGGGAUCACAAGCACAGUCGACAAAAAACAGACGAGAAAAGACGAGUGCUACUGUCGCGGUUAUGCAAGCUCUUCUCUCGACAAAACGACAAAGACAGAAGCCAAGAUGGGACAGAACGGCAAAAAAAAACGCG